AUGCAGAGGCUGAUCGCCCUGAUAGCGGUUUGGUGCGCAUGGGCAGAGGAUCCCAAAGCCGCGGACAUGCUGAUGCCGAAGCCCCUUCAAACUCCGGCUGAAGGAUCACCAGAUGCCAGCCUCUCCGCCGGCAACAGCUCCGCCUCUGUGCAAAAGGUGCAGCCUGCUAAAGAGGGGGACGAGAUCACGAAGUCAAGUCUCCGUGGUGGUUGGUUUUCCGGAGGCGGGAAUGGAGGUGGCAAUAGCGGUGGAUGGAACGGAGGUGGGAACAAUGGCCAGCCAAAUGGAGGCGGCAACGGUGGAUGGACUGGCGGAGGUAACAACGGAGGUAACAAUGGAGGCAACAACGGAGGUUGGAACGGAGGUGGCAACAACGGUCAGCCAAAUGGAGGCAACAACGGUGGAUGGAAUGGCGGAGGCAACAAUGGGCGCGGCAACGGUGGAUGGAAUGGAGGAGGCAACAAUGGGCGUCCGAACGGAGGCGGCAAUGGUGGAUGGAAUGGAGGAGGCAACAAUGGACGUCCGAACGGAGGCGGCAAUGGUGGAUGGAAUGGAGGAGGCAACAAUGGGCGUCCGAACGGAGGUGGCAAUGGUGGAUGGAAUGGAGGAGGCAACAAUGGGCGUCCGAACGGAGGCGGCAAUGGUGGGGGCUUUGGCGGCGGAGGCAACAACCCUCCGUCCAGCCAAUGGGGCCCCAGCAACAACUAUGGUUGGGGCCAUGGCGUCCCCGGUGAGACGUGCUGCAUGUGCUCUCGGUCAAACCGUGGAAAGACCCAGCUCUACGCAGCUGGGGACUACAACCACAGGUACGGCUCUCAAUCUGCACAUGAGUACUGUGACGAUAUCUGUGAGAUCCAGUGUCACUUCAAGGGCGGGCACAAGUUCGGCUGCUAUGAGGAGCAGGACCUUAUUCGCCUUAGCCAACAAUAUCAGGGUCAGAGCAGCUACGAGAUUAUGCACGAAGAUCGCUUUGGCAGCAUUUGCUGA